UAGAGCCUACACACGCACACACACCAGCACGCAUUCCCCGCGCGACCACACACUCAUUUACGCGGCCUUGAAAGCGAAAAUGAUUAUUUCCAAACGCGGACAGAGAAUCCAACACAAGUCACGUCAGCGAAUUGUAAUUUAAAUCACUUCAGUGAUCCUGUUACUUCUCUUAAUCAGGACUUCAGUCAGGCUUAUUUAUUAAAUCAACAGGGUUUAUUUAUAACGUUUAACAGGCAUUAAGCAUUUGAAGGCCUAUUAAACAAUUAAUUAUUAUUAAACUGUUGCCUUUAAAGACUCAACGAAUAUUUAUAUAUAAGCUGCGUUUAUUUAUUUCAACACUGACUUCGCCUAUUGGUGCUUGUGAUUAACAACUAUAGAUUAUAAACUAGUGCAACUACCGUUUUUUUUAAUGCAGUUACAGCUUCUCGUGCUUCUUUAUCUUUUUUUAUAUUGUGUUAUUGCAGUGAAAUCAGUCAGUUAAGGAUAUUGUCACCAAUAUUGUCAUUGCAUGAACUCCUACUGCAAUGAAACCUACCUAAUGAUUUUAUUUAGUUUAUUAAUUACAGCUUUGUUAUAAUGUCAAUAUGCAAAGUUUUCAUUGUGUAAACUGUCACUGUAACUGAUUGCUCAAUUACAUUGGACGUGUCUCUCUCACACACACAUUUCAGAAUUCAGAUUUUUUUUUUUAAAGUUAUCUUUCGAUGUGCACAAAAAAGAUAAAAUAAACAAAAACGUAACAUAUAUUUUCUUACUAUAUGGGCCAGUGAACAUAUAUAUAUACCAGCAGCCUUGGCACAUUUAUUUUUGCCGCUCAUAAUGAUUAUCACGUGCACAAAUACAUUUUGAGGCAUUUCCUUUGUGAAACACGUUGAGGCUCUAAUAAAUACUUAUUUUCAGGAUGAGCAUAAGUGGCUACAGUGCAGGAGGUACUAAUGGCCAGAUAUGCAAAGCAUGUCGGGCCGGUGUGUGAAAAUGCGCGCAAUGCACCAGAGAGACGCUCCUCGCGCUCCUUCGCCUGAAGACAUGAUUCAUUCACCAGCUCUACUUUUACCACAUAAGGCGGCACGAGCGGCCCCCACAGCGGGCGGGACCGGGGAAAGGUUCCGGGGGGCUGUGAUUACUCGUGAUUGGUUGCUCUGUGUCGUGAUUGACAGAUCCCCUUCUCCGGCUCUCCUCUAAGCUCCGGUUGUUGACACCCUCCAAAAGUCCGCACGGCGCUCACGGAUAACGGAGACAUUAUCACAGCUCGUCCCGGCUCACCCCGUUUCCUCCGCUCGAGGAGGGAGAAACCGUCCCACCGGCCAGCACAGGACAAUCAUCGUGGAUUGACUUAUUUUGCUACUGCUUACGUUUUGAACUUUUUCUUGCUCCUUGCAAGCUCGUGACGCCGUCUUCUUCCUCUCGCUCCUCUCUCCCCGAGCACGAGAGAAAUGGCAGAGAAGCGGCGGUCCCCGUGCGCGCUGAGCGUCAAGGCGCACGCAUUCUCGGUAGAAGCGUUGAUCGGGGCGGAAAAAAGACGCAGGACGGCCGGAGAGGAUGCUGAGUCCCCCGGCUACGAGGACGGAACUGAUGUCUCUGAUCUAACCGGGAGCCCGGGCCCGCGGGCCGACAGAGCGAGCACCAGCGACCGAGGCAGCGAGGCGGAAUGUGCCAGUGACGGAUCACCAGAGAGCGAGGACGCGCUGUUAGAGAGCCCGCAGCCCGCAGCUCUGUGCACGGCGUCGGUAACCGGUUCCGGAGAGGAGACCCGCGUGGACCUGCAAGGAUCAGACCUGUGGAAACGGUUCCACGAGAUCGGCACAGAAAUGAUCAUCACCAAGGCUGGAAGGCGGAUGUUCCCCGCUAUGCGUGUGAAGAUUACGGGCUUGGACCCACAUCAGCAGUAUUAUAUUGCCAUGGAUAUAAUCCCCGUGGACAACAAACGAUACAGGUACGUGUACCACAGCUCCAAAUGGAUGGUUGCGGGGAACGCGGACUCCCCAGUGCCGCCCAGGGUGUACAUCCACCCGGACUCCCCGGCCUCAGGAGAGACGUGGAUGCGUCAGGUGGUCAGCUUCGACAAACUCAAACUGACCAAUAACGAGCUGGACGACCAGGGACAUAUUAUUCUGCACUCCAUGCAUAAGUACCAGCCGCGGGUCCAUGUGAUCCGUAAGGAGUGUGGAGAGGAGUUAUCCCCAGUAAGAGCCAUCCCUGCCGGGGAAGGCACCCGGACCUUCUCCUUCCCUGAGACUGUGUUCACCACCGUCACAGCAUAUCAGAACCAACAGAUAACAAGGCUGAAAAUUGACAGAAACCCAUUUGCCAAAGGCUUCAGGGACUCUGGCAGAAACCGGAUGGGUCUGGAGGCUUUGGUUGAGUCUUACGCAUUCUGGCGUCCAUCUCUGCGAACACUCACAUUUGAGGACAUACCUGGCAUGGCUAAGCAAGGAGUCCCAGGAGCUCAUGGAGGGCUUGGAGCAUCGUCUCACCUGCUCUCAACAUCCCCGUGCUCCUCGCCUUUCCAGGUUUGCCCUCUCAGCCCGCCUGACUACACCUGCAGCCGACCCACACACCCCCUCCAUCGUUACAGCAACCCCCCGGAGCCGUUCCCCCCUCCCAGAGGUCCAUCAGCGUACGAGGGUGAAGGAUUCUGUUCCCUGCCUCUCCCUGCUUCUCAACUUGGUUAUCUAUCCAACCCCACCCCGCAGGGUUACGCUGGUCUUCGCCUCCACACACCGCCCUACAGUCUGUACGGUUACACGUUUCCUCCUUCACCACGCCUCGCUGCCAGCCCAGAUAAAAUGGCCGCCGCUGCCACUGCCAAUCAUCAGAGUCCCUUCCUUGGCUCGUCUCCCAGUGGGACGCUAACGGACAGUCUGGGUGUGCUCAGUGGAGGACAGCAGGGCUUCUUGUUUGAUUCUCGGACUUUAGGACUGGCAGGUAGCCAGCCGGGAGGUGGGGCCUCACAGGUCACUGCCCACAUGGGCUGAAUUUGACUCCGGACAUCUAUGGUUGUCACGAAGACAAAAUGACACUCUGGAAUGGGUGUAAGUUGCCUUUGGUUCAGAACGUUCUACGAAUAAAUCAUCAAUGUGCUGAACAAGCAUCGAGCUGAACUGGACAAACAGAGAAGAGUGACAGAUCAAGCCAUUGUUUCUGUGAGCAUAAAGAGCUUGCCAAAGCUCCUUUAACUGAGGGGAAUAUUUUACCAAGUUCUUAUCUUCCAAGUAUGGUCUCUAGCAUGUGCAACUACAGUGGUCACUAAUGGGAGAGACUUCCAGCGGUUUCGGAUAAGGAGUUUUUAACGGUGUAACCCAGUGACUGAACUGGAACUGAUUAUGGAUCGGGCAGAAACUGGGCUGGCCCAGAUACUCAAAGCAAGCACUUCAACCCCUGGCAGGAGUCUCUCUCCUCCUCAAGCAGCAACUACGAUACCCACACAGCAUUCUACAUUUGGCCUGCUUUGGAAGGAGUUACUGAACACUACUUUUAAACUUGUUUUUAAGGGAUAUAUUGACUAAAUUCUUUUUUGUCAAUUAAAUUCUUUCUCAUUACAUGCCUGGUGGUGUUCUCCAUCAAGUUUUUUGAAAUAAACAUGUAGCUAGAGUCCACAUUGUAACAUGCGCAACAGGCAGGACCUUUUCACCACUCAAACUUUUGAAAAAAAAAACCUUUUACACAUUCGUCACCAGGGGCUUGUUGCAUAUUAACCUGAUGACAUCACGGCCAUGCAAGAUAUCCCGGUGACAGUUAUGGACUGAUGAGGUUAAAGCUGUGGGAGAGUGAUGAAUGAUUGACUGAUCUACAUAUUCUUCGUCUGGUUUGACAGAUGUAUACUUGAUGCAGCUGUUUGGAUGUCAGGCUGAAUUACAUCUUUCCUUGUGUAACAGAGACGUAACUGCACAUGAUGACUCUGUAUAUAGCGGGGGAAUGGGGGGCAGGAGGAGAGACGUGUAUAUAAAGGGCUGUGUGACCCUUCGCACUUAAAAACCCCAAUGCACCUGCUUCUGCUCUUUAGACUGGGUCAGGUAGGCAACAGCCAAACCCUGAACUUGACCGAAAAGCUUUUCUUUGCAAACACGCGCUAUAUCAGCACGCCUCUUUGGCCGAGGACAUUAACAUGUUCUGUGACUUUUUUGAGCAAAAUAAAAUAUAUCUAUUCAUGCCACAAUGUUUAUAUGUCAUCGAUAUCUUACUAAUUUAACUGAUUUUGGAUGAUUCAGUAAUGCAGUUGUGAGUGUACAUGUGUGUGAGCGUUUUCUUUACACUUUUUUUUAAAAACAAAAGUCAAUACAAUGCUUACAAUAUAUUUCCCUGUGAAAGAAAAGAAUGGAGGACUGUAUGCUUAUGUAUUCACAUUCUCAUGUAAGUGGUGCUGUGUAUGUUUCAAGUGUGUGUGUCUGGUGUGUGAUAAAGCAGUCAAAGGCUGGGGUUGUUUCACAGGCUUUAGAUGCCAGAGAAAUGAAAAAUACCACAGGAGACAGGGAGAGAGAACUCCUCAUAGGCUCACAUACACACAGACACACGCACACAUACACAAACAAAUAACACAUUCACAUUGUCUUUAUGGUGUAAUGGCUAUGUAACUAAUACCCACAAGUCUGUUGGAUUGACUGCUCACAUGAGACAGGGUGUGCGGCGAUUGUGGAUGUGGGUGUGAAGGUGCGGAUAUGUGUGUGAGUGUGCACAACAGGUGGCUGAGAUGUCAGCGAGUGUGUGACCUCACAGUCUUAAAGUUCAUGUAGAUCCCCGAGAACUGACCCCCUCCUCCAAAGUCAUACUAGUCUGCUGAAAGCAUAAGCCAAGAUUUAAGAAAAAGCUGCUCGCUGUCACUGUAGCUUUGUAAUUUUGACCCAUUUUAACACCUGAACAAGCAGACCAACCAAAACCUCCAAAAAACCAAGACAAAUGACAGAGAACCCUUUGGAUUAGUUACAAGUAUUUCUUCUGUGCCUCAUACCUCAAAUAAAUUUUAAAAUCAAAACAAGACACAUACUGCAUACUGCAGCUAUUAUAAUACUUAGAAGUAAAGAGGCUUUGUCAGUAGCAAAGCUAGAAAAACAAAUGAAGUGUAACAGAAGACAACUUUAACAGCUGAAAACAUGAAACUUGGAUCCAGCUUCAUGCUUAUCUUUACAUCAUGACUAAGCAGUAAAAAACUCUUUCAAAACUACAACUGGAAUGGUGACUACAUCUGAAAGAGGACUCUGAUCACCCGUGAUGCAUGACAUGCAUCUUUAUAUAUACUGAAGAUUACAGAUUAUAUAUCAGCACAGGUUGGAGGUGGAAAGUAGAUCUGUAGAACUAGUUUUGCAGCUUUUAACUGAUUUACUAGCUUUGCUGAUUUUUCACCUUUCCUAGUUCUCAUCCCAAAGGUUCCUGACUCUCAUGCUGUCACCCAUUUCCUCCUCAGCUCCUCUGUCCCCCCUCUCAGUUGUCUCCUGUCAGUCUGAAGGUGAGAGGUGCUGACGAGAGGAGCACAUGUUAGGGGGAGAGGAGGCGAGAGAGGACGGAUGGGGGGAGGAGAGCUUAUUUUAGAACGCAGGAAUGAUUGGCUUGUUGUUUCUGAGUGACAGGGGACGGGACCCCUGCCUGGUGCAUCCGUACCACACACACACACGCACACACAGAAACACAUAUGCAGCAAAGACAGACAGAAAUGCACGCAUUCAUCUGGUUAUGCACAGCGUUCGCCGAGACACAAAUUCAUUAAUGCAGAUAAAAACAUAAAAACAAUUUUCCUCAUGCAUAAUUCCAUCUGGAAAGAGGACAAAAAUGACAAUAACCUCGAACAAAACUACUCAUUUAUAUGUAAUCUCCUUUUCCCUGUCAGUUCCUUUAAUAGAAUAACACUGGUGGAGGUUUUGAUUUGGAGAGGAGGCAAUUUUACAAAUCAAGUGACUAAACAAGCUUCAAACUGCAGAACUUCUCAGACACACACUUGCACCACACACACACUCAUUUAUUGACACAGACACACUCCUGCGUGGUGUCAGUGGUCCGGUGAUUCUCGGCUGAGGUGGGGACAUUACCACUUGACCAGGUGCCGACGUGACAGAUCUGUCACGCUA